AUGCUCUCUGGGCAGCUCUUGAGUGGCAGGAAGAGCGUCAUCCCCCAUUUAUUCCUGGACCCAAGGUGCUGCCUCUCGCCCCUGCCCUCUAUGUGGAUUCACCCCAAGUGUCUGGGCACCCCUCCAGCUAUGAGCCCUUUCUCUCUGCAGCUGGUCGCAGGAGCCCCUCAAGUGCAAAGAUGCCCUCAGGACCUUCUGGAGGCAUAUAGAAGGGGCCUAUCCUGUACUGUGUCAGUCAUGUGGGUGGUAGAACAAGAGCACCUUGGCAUAGGCCCACCCUCCAAGGCCAAGGACAUGGGUGGGAGGCAGAUUUUUGUGACCUGGCUCUUAUGGAGCCCCUUCACCUUGCCACAGAGAACUGUUCUCCCAAGGGCACAGUCCAUUUAG